GAAAGCCCCACAGCAUUGGCAGCUCUGAACGGAUUCAGCUCUCAGGAAUGUACAAUGUUCGAAAAGGGAAAAUACAUUUGCCAGUCAACAGAUGGACAAGACGCCAAGCUAUCCUUUGUGGAACAUGCCUAAUUGUCUCAUCAGUAAAAGAAAGCCAGACUGGAAAGAUGCAUGUCCUCCCUUUAAUUGGUGGAAAAGUGGAAGAGGUGAAAAAGCACCAGCACUGUUUAGCAUUUAGCUCCUCUGGACCUCAAAGCCAGACCUACUACAUUUGUUUUGAUAACUUCACUGAAUAUUUGCGAUGGCUUCGACAAGCAUCAAAGGUUGCAUCACAGCGCAUAAGCUCAGUGGAUCUUUCAUGCUGCAGCCUGGAGCACCUGCCUGCCAACCUGUUUUAUAGCCAAGACCUCACUCAUCUCAAUUUAAAGCAGAACUUCCUGAGGCUAAACCCUAGCCCAUCCACAAGUAGAGCGCUUAGUGAAUUACAAAGAUUCACCAAGUUGAAGAGCCUUAACCUUUCCAAUAAUAAUUUAGGAGACUUCCCACUGGCAGUCUGCAGUAUCCCAACCCUGACUGAACUCAACGUGUCCUGCAAUGCCCUCAGAAGUGUUCCAGCAGUUGUAGGCGAGAUGCACAACUUGCAGACAUUUUUGCUGGAUGGCAACUUUCUCCAGUCCCUUCCUGAUGAAUUGGAGCAUAUGCAUCAGCUCAGCUAUGUGAGUCUGUCUUUCAACGAGUUCACCGACAUUCCCGGGGUGCUGGAGAAGCUGACUGCCAUGGAUAAACUUUGUAUGUCAGGAAACUGCAUGGAUACCCUGAACCUACAGGUGUUAAAAAGGAUGCCUCAUAUUAAACAUGUGGAUCUAAGAUUGAAUUCAAUUAGGAGACUGGAGGCCGAUGAGAUGGAUUUUCUGCAUCACGUGACCCAACUGGAUCUCAGAGACAACAAACUUGGGGAGCUGGAUGCAACAGUUUUUAACAACGUUGAAGUGUUACACUGUGAACGGAAUCAACUGGUAACCCUCAAAAUCAGUGGAUAUUUUCUCAAAGCGCUUUACGCUUCCUCGAAUGAACUUGUUCACCUUGAUGUGUAUCCAGUUCCUAAUUGCCUGGCUUAUAUGGAUAUUUCUAGAAAUCACCUGGAAAACCUGCCUGAGUGGGUAUGUGACAGCAGGAAACUGGAAGUGUUAGAUGUUGGGCACAAUCAGAUACGCGAGCUGCCUGCCCGGUUGUUUUACAAUAGUAGCUUGCGUAAGCUGCUGGCAGGACAUAACAUGUUAGGAAGGCUACCAGAUCGGCUUGAGCGAAUACAAGUGGAGGUCCUGGACGUGCAACACAACCAGCUCCUUGAACUGCCAUCUAACCUGCUUUUGAAAGCAGACAG